GGGACGGCCCCAUUCCCUCGGCCAAAUGUCAUAGCGUCAAGCCUCACAAGUCCGUCAAGGGCCUCGGCGCGUACGCAGCUCAGGGCUUACGCCGUCGGAAGGCGAAUGGACCGUACCUCGAAGGAGAGCAAAGCUAAGGAUGCUUUUGAACCGGAGGCUCCAAAGACGGCCAAGAGCAGCAAGCGAAUUGGAACCUUCCUUCCGAUGCCAGUUAACCAAAUGAGGCACGAACUCUUGGACCCGGUAAAGAGGAGAGAGCUCACUCUUCCUACGUUUCGUGCUGACGCGCUCACCACCAAAGACGCGUCUGGUCGAGUAAUGCAGUUCACAAAACCACAGGGCGGCAUUAUCCAGGCGUACGGCCUUCCAACGAAUAUGCUACUCGAAUUUCGUGUGCUGUCAAAGCCUUGCUCUCUUGUUCGAGACGUGACGCUAAGUACGAUUGAGAAGCUGGAGACUGCGAGCUCGAAGUCGAGUGUGGAGACCAGGGCGGUCAUAACUGGCUUGACAGGGUCUGGCAAGAGCUAUCUCUUACUGCAGGCGGUAGAAUACUGCAAAUCAAAAGACUGGAUAGUCCUUUACGUUCCUCGAGCCAUCAAUCUCGUGAACUCGUCCACUGAAUACGUCUAUGACGCCCGAACACGGACAUACCUCCAGCCCGAGUUCUCUUUCCAGCUGUUGCAGCGCUUCCAGCAGGUCAACGCGCGCUUUCUAGGCGCGCUCCAACUCACCAAGCAGUUCAACAUUGGCCGUCGUGCCUUACCUAUCGGAACGCCCAUCAACGAACUCCUCAACGUUGCUCAGCGAGACAAAGCAUUAUCACCUUUCGUUCUAGAGACACUUCUCAAGGAAGUGUCACGACAGAAGACCCACCCAGUAUUGCUCGCGGUAGACGACUUCCAAGCCCUCUAUUGCAACACCUACUAUAGGGACCAGCAGUUCCAGGGUGUCAAACCUUAUCAUCUUUCUCUGCCCCGCCUGUUACUGGAGUUUAUCAGCGGCAAACGCUACUUUGAACGUGGAGCGGUCGUCGGUGCUGUAUCGACGACACAUACCCGUUUCCAGACUCCGGUUGAGCUUCGCGAAGCGCUCGGCAUUCCACACGAUCGCCCCGUGAACCCGUACCUGCGUCGCGAGCCUGAGCUCGUAGAGUAUUCGAAGGGCCUGCAAAAUAUCACUGUUCCUUCGCAAUUCCAGGUCGCAGAGGCUGCAGCUCUUUUCGAAAUCUGGGCCAUGGACAACGCUCUACACUUCAGCCCGACCGACGAGAUGUUCCUGUCAUUGUAUGCUCAGUCGUCGGGUAAUCCGAGGGACUUUAUCUGGAAGGGUAUCCUCGGGUCUUUUGCUAUAUAGAUGCCGCCGAGGAGAAAUCCAGGAUAUCUGAUGUAGGCGCCCCCUCCAGCUCGUUAUCCUUUACCUCGUCAGAUAUUGGGCGCUUUCAGAUCUCCUUCGCCUGUAGCUAAUUGUCACAGGGCGCUGUCAGCUUUUCCUUCAUCUCACAUUUACGGUAUCUGG